ACUCGGUAUGUCGUGCUGCUGUGCUUCACCAAAGUUUUGAAAGCCGUGGGGCUGUUUGAAUCCUACGAUCUUCUGAAAGCGGUUCACCUAGUGCAGUUUAUCUUCAUCGUGCAGCUGGGGUCUGCAUUUUUUAUGGUUUUGUUUCAAAAACCAUUUUCUUCUGGAAAAUUGGUAACCAAGCGUCAGUGGAUCAAAAUUUUUAAGCAUGCUGUUGUGGGAUGUAUCAUUUCACUCUUGUGGUUUUUUGGCCUUACUCUUUGUGGACCACUGAGGACAUUGUUGCUGUUUGAGCACAGUGAUGUGGUUGUACUGUCACUCCUUAGUGUCUUGUUCACAGGCUCAGGUGGAGGACCAGCAAAGACAAGAGGUGCUGCAUUUUUCAUCAUAGCUGUCAUCUGCUUACUACUUUUUGAUAAUGAUGAUCUCAUGGCUAAAAUAGCAGAGCAUCCUGAGGGGCAUCAUGACAGUGCUCUUACCCAUGUUCUAUAUACAAUCAUUGCUUUCCUCGGUGUUGCAGAUCACAAGGGAGGAGUACUGCUUCUGGUACUGGCAUUGUGCUGUAAGGUUGGUUUUCACAUGGCUUCACGAAAACUGUCUGUAGAUGUAGGCGGAGCCAAACGUCUUCAAGCUUUGUCUCAUCUUGUUUCCGUCCUUUUGUUGUGCCCAUGGGUCAUUGUCCUCUCUCUAACAACAGAGAGUAAAGUAGAGUCUUGGUCUUCUCUCAUCAUGCCUUUCGUAACAGUCAUCUUUUUUGUUGUGAUCCUGGAUUUCUAUGUGGAGUCCGUAUGCUCUGUCAAGAUGGAAGCUUCCACAUGUGCUCGAUAUGGAUCCUUUCUUAUUUUCAUUAGUGCACUGCUUUUUGGCAACUUUUGGACACAUCCAAUAACAGACCAGCUUCGAACUAUGAACAAGCCACCACAUCAUGAAAGCACAGAGCAUGUUCUUUCUGGAGGGGUGGUAGUGAGUGCUGUCUUCUUCAUUUUGUCUGCCAAUAUCCUGUCCUCCCCCUCCAGGAAAGGGCAGAAGGGUACCCUUAUUGGCUAUUCCCCUGAAGGCACUCCUCUCUAUAACUUCAUGGGUGAUGCAUUACAGCAGAGCUCUCAGUCGUUACCCCGGUUUAUUAAGGAAUCACUGAAACAAAUCCUUGAGGAGUAUGAUUCUAGGCAAAUCUUCUAUUUCUUGUGCCUAAAUCUGGCUUUCACUUUUGUGGAGCUGUUUUAUGGAGUAUGGACUAACAGCCUUGGUCUUAUUUCUGAUGGAUUUCACAUGCUUUUUGAUUGUUCUGCAUUAGUGAUGGGGCUUUUUGCAGCUCUGAUGACAAGGUGGAAAGCAACUCGCAUAUUUUCUUAUGGGUAUGGACGUGUAGAAAUUCUCUCUGGAUUUAUUAAUGGCCUGUUUCUGAUGGUAAUUGCUUUCUUUGUGUUCAUGGAAUCGGUGGCCAGACUGGUGGAUCCUCCAGACAUAGAUACAAAUAUGCUAACUCCAGUCUCUGUUGGAGGGCUGAUCGUAAACCUUGUUGGUAUCUGUGCCUUUAGCCACGCACACUCACAUGGAGCUUCUCGGGGAGGUUGCCACUCACAGGAUCACAGCCAUUCCCACCAUGGGCACAGCCACAGCCAUGGAUACAGCCAUUCCCACUGUGACCAUGGGCACAGCCAUGGACAUUCCCAUGGGUCUUCUGGAGGAGGCAUGAAUACCAACAUGAGAGGCAAGUACAGAUGCAUUUUAGCAAAUAGUCUCAUUUCAUUGGUUAUUUUACAUCCUAAUUCA